AUGGGGCGGCCCGGUGCUAAGCGGAACAUCGACCAAGUGGACCUCACUGUUGACGACAGAGACACUACUCCGCAGAGGAAAAGAGCAACGCGUCCUAGUAGCAACCCAACUGCUACUACGACUACCACUGGCCAACGAUUCGGCGAGAGUACCGAGUUCGUGCCGCUCAGCCAGUCCUCUCAGGCCAUUAUCCUGGAUGGAGAGGACGACGCGGAAGCCGAGGAUCUGGUCCAGGGAAGCCAGGAUGAUUCCUCCUAUGUUAGCUUCAUGCACUACGGGAGCCUGCGAACCAAGAUCGUGGGCGUCCGGUACUACAAUGGCUACGCGACUGUUGGCGAACAUGUGCUGCUGCAGCGUGAGCCUAGUAACCCGUAUGACCGGAAUGCGAUCCAGGUUUUAAACGUCAUGGGGAAUCAAAUUGGUCAUAUUCCCCGAGAUGUAGCUGCUCGAUUGGCAAUGUAUAUGGACUCGAAGUCGCUGUUUAUCGAAGGCAUGUUGACGGGAGAGAUUGGCUCGUUUACAUGCCCGAUUAUGCUGAAGCUGUACGGUACCAGUCAUCCGGAAGAGCGGCAGCGGCUGAAGCGCAUGAUGAUUGAUGACCGGCUUCCCCUGACCGAAUUCAAUCGGUGGGAGACUCAGGAGCGCAAACAGCGCGAGCGGGCGCAGAAGGAGGCUGCCAAAAAGGGACGCGGUCUGGCGUCGGGCAAUGGGCAGCAGUGGGAGGCCGGCGUCAACCCCAUGUAUGCUAACCUUUACGCGGGUGACGGUCUCGGUCAGCCUGGGGAGAGUUUGGAAGACAUCAUUGGUCAGAGCAGCACCUUUAAUCCUCGCGAUAUUGGCCAGGUGACGGAGAAUUUCGGGUUGAAUGAGGCGGACUUGGUCAAUAUGCCUAUGGCAGAUACCCCCGCAGCGCUGUCUACCGAGCUUCUUCCGUACCAGCGGCAGGGACUGGCCUGGAUGAUCGAAAAGGAGUCUCCGCAACUGCCUGGGCCUGGUUCUCAGGACGUGGUGCAGCUUUGGAAGAGAGCUGGAAACAGAUUCACCAAUAUCGCCACCAACUACUCCACGGCUAUUCCACCCCCUCUUGCAAGUGGUGGUAUUUUGGCGGACGAUAUGGGUCUGGGCAAGACAAUUCAAAUCAUCUCAUUGAUUUUGGCCAACUCUCAGCCAAAAACCCCGGAGUCAUCAAAGACGACUUUGAUCAUAGCACCUGUCGGAGUCAUGAGCAACUGGAGAAACCAGAUCAAAGACCAUACGCGCAGUGAGAGCACGCCGAGUGUGCUCAUCUACCACGGUGCUGGGAAGAAAGAGGCUGCAAAACUCGACGAGUAUGAUGUGGUAAUCACGAGCUACGGUGCUCUCGCUGUGGAGUACAACCCGAAUGCCAAAGCAGCGCCUAAGAAGGGACUCUUUGCCGUUCAUUGGCGUCGUGUCGUGCUCGACGAGGGGCACACAAUUCGAAACCCCCGAGCUAAGGGUGCGCUGGCUGCUUGCAAUCUGCGCUCGGAUUCGCGUUGGACCUUGACCGGCACGCCUAUUGUGAACAUUUUGAAGGAUCUGUAUUCCCAGAUUCGCUUCCUGAGACUGACCGGUGGCUUGGAAGACAUGGCGGUCUUCAACAGUGUCCUCAUUCGCCCUCUGACCUCUGACGAUCCAAAUGGCCGUCUCCUUCUCCAGGCACUGAUGAGCGCUAUAUGCCUGAGGCGAAGGAAGGACAUGGAGUUUGUCAACCUGCGCCUGCCGGCCCUCACCUCGCGUGUGCUGCGCAUCAAGUUUCAUCCUCAUGAACAAGAGAAAUAUGACAUAUCCGAAGCGAAAGGGAUGCUUAUGGACUUCAAGUCCAGAGAGAAGGGAGGCACCACGUAUUCUCAUGUGCUUGAGGUCCUUCUCCGUAUGCGUCAAGUUUGCAACCAUUGGGCGCUCUGUAAACACCGCAUCGACGCCCUCGCGGGUCUACUGGAGAAGCACAAGAUCGUCCCAUUGACCCCGGAGAACAUUAAAGCCCUUCAGGACAUGCUGCAACUCAGAAUCGAGAGCCAGGAAAUGUGUCCUAUUUGUCUCGAUACGCUAGAGCAGCCCGUUAUCACCGCUUGCGGCCAUUCCUACGACCGAGGGUGCAUAGAGCAAGUCAUCGAGCGACAGCACAAGUGCCCCCUCUGCCGCGCCAAUAUCGACGACACCUCCACCCUCGUCGGCCCCGCCGUGGAUCUCGGCGAAAGCGCUGACGACGACAUCGUCGCAGACCCAAACAACCCAAGCAGCAAGAUCGAAGCCCUGAUCAAGAUCCUCACCGCGCAGGGCCAAGCCCCGACACCAAAACCGUCGUCUUCAGCCAGUGGACCUCAUUCCUUACCCUCGUCGAGCCUCACCUGCAACGCCACGGCAUCGGAUACGCCCGCAUCGACGGCAUUCUCCAAGGACCCAGAAUGCAAGGUCCUCCUCGCCAGCCUGAGCGUCUGCAGCGUCGGCUUGAACCUCGUCGCGGCCAACCAGGCCAUCCUGGCCGAUAGCUGGUGGGCCCCUGCAAUCGAGGACCAGGCCGUCGACCGCGUCUACCGCCUCGGCCAGAAACGCGAGACAACCGUCUGGCGUCUCGUCAUGGAAAACACCAUCGAAGACCGCGUGCUGGAGAUCCAGGACACCAAGCGCAAGUUGAUGCUGGCGGCCUUCCGCGAGAAGGAUAAGAAGGUCGACGAUAGGGCUACCAGGAUCACGGAUCUGGAAAAACUCCUUACUUGA